GCCGGGCUAACUGUGGUACUACAAGGGAUUUACUUCUUUGAAUACAGAUUGGAACGUUUCCCAAUUAAGGUAUUUAUUUGCAUUGUUUAACCUUGUAGUGCUCAACCCACUCGUGCCAGUGCUGCUCCGGUCACACACAUACAAAUCGCUGUUGUGUAAAAGCUCUAACGUCCGUUUCAGAAGUGUAUACGAUUAACCAGGAAGGAUUAUUAUCAUGACAAGACAUUGUACUCAUUGCUUGACUAGGUGGUUAAGUAAACCUACUUGAAGGAAAUAUACACGUGUUGUUCACCUCUGUAACAUGUACCAAUGAGCGUGCAAUCAUCAUCCCCUGUAGCGUGUACACAUGAGCAGGCAGCAGCCGUUGAGAGUGAGAUUUAUUUACCACGCAAUCUCUCUUAUUCGGAAGACAGUUAUCUAGAUUCCUAUAGCGUAAGUGCAAACUUCGUGUGGAAUCCGAAGCGAGAAAUCAACCUUUGUAAUAAUGAGGUAUUUAUGAAUGUCAUUCACUCAAAACCGAUGGAUUUAGCGACGGAACGUGCGAGCUCACCGCCGGUAAAAACCAGUUUGUGUUGUUCUCCGACAGUCGUAGCAGACGACAGCGGUGGAGACCAAAAUGGCCGGAAAAGAACUUGUUCAAAUGAUUCAAGUGAGGAAGGCAUAUAUGUAAAUAAUAUGGAUGAUUUGGAUUCCGUAACAAGUGGAAAUGGCCAGUCUACUGCCAGUGACGAAUUCUUCGUUGAUUCAAUCAAUAGUCCAGAGGAGAAUAACCUUGAGGAGUCACCGGAAGGUCAUGGGGCCUCGAUUGGGGAAGCUGUAAGUGCAGUAAUGAAUUCUUUAGCUAUUAAUAUACCUGCUUUCGCAGAAAAGAAAGAUAAAAUUGUUAAAUCUGACUUACAACCAGCAAGUUCUCUCCCCACGCUUAGACUUAACGCACAUGACAAACCUUUCAUUGAUAAUGAUUUAAAGAAGGGAUCGUCACAUGGGUCAUUUUUUGAUUACCUGGCUGCAUCUGACAGUCCAGAUGAUGAGGAUGAUGAGUUCAGUUUUAACAAAGCACAAUUAAGAAAAUCUUCAUCUCUGAAAACAAACAAAACCCCUCCGGGAACUCCACGACGGAAGAAGAUGGUUAGGUUUGCUGACGCUAUGGGUUUAGAUUUGGAGGAUGUACGGCACGUUCUAAAUGCCGAUGCUCCACCAAAAAUACCUCCAUCUGCUAUGAAGGACUUGCAUCCCGGAUUGGAGGUGGAUAGGAAAACAAUUGGAAAUAGAUACUUGACUGCUUGUUUUCAACAACCUGGUGCUUCCGACGAUUUCUUAAAAAGAGUGUUGACAAGGAAAGUUUGUCUCGAAAAUGCCGUUGUUACAAAUUUGACGAUAACUGGAAUAAUUCGGGUGGCGAAUUUGGGAUUUCACAAAUUUUGUCGUGUGAGAUACAGUACAAAUGGAUGGAUUACUUUUCAUGAUAUUGCUGCUUCGUAUGUGAAAAAUUCAUGUGAUGGACCGACGGACCGAUUCUCCUUCAGUAUUGUGGCACCUGCGGAUUUCGGAUUACACGCUCGACUGGAAUUUGCGCUGUCCUACCGUGUAAACGAUGCCGAGUAUUGGGACAAUAACGAAGAUUCGAAUUACGUCUUUGAGUGCUUCGCCAAGACGACCCCGACGGAAACUGAAGACUCUUGGGAGUGCCAGGAAAAGAGUGACUAGAGCAUAGCUCAGCGUCUCCAAUCCUGCAUGCACUCGCUUACUUCCCUUGGAAAUGUUAAAAGUUUUAAUUCUGACUUUCAUGGAACAUCCAUCGCUUUCCUCCCUUCUUGGAAACUUAAUUUAGAUAUGUUUUUAUAUGGAUCAUUCAUUGCUACUUCCCUUUAUUGUUCUCUGUCCUCAGUAUUAUAUUUCGACGCGUUACUUCAUCGAUCAUCACCCUUUCAAACGUUACACUUUAUAAUAGCAGUGAACAAUUUUACAACACGUUGACCUUGAACCUUCUCGUUGGUAUCCCAACGCACAUUAUUUGGGUUCCUGGUGAAAGUAAAAAUUGUAAUAUGGGAGGGAGGAUACAACAAUUAAAAACAAAAGAACUAGCUGGGGUGUAAAUUUGGGGCCUCCUAACUCUCGUAGAGGUAAAAACUUCAGACGUGACGUCGGUGUCAGUAUUGCGAUUAUGGACCUGUCCCUGCACAUUAUUAAUAAGUGCAUGGUCAGUUCAUCUGCUACUACCAUACCACCAAUAAUUAGACAAUCGUUUGAUCGUAUGCAUGACGGAUUGAAAGUUUUAGUUAUAGAAAGCAUGAUCUAACAAUUUAUUUUAGCAUUUUCCUGAGUUAUCAUGACGUGUCCACUACCAACAACAAAGUUACAAGUACGAUACCUAAAGACCGUAUAGUGAGUUGGUUUGAGACCGAUUUGGCUUGUAGGUUAUACCAAUAAAAUCUGCUAAUAAACUGUAUUCAUGUUUCAAAUUAAAACAUAGGUAGACGGAAAACCUCUUGAGAACACGUAAUGACUUUAAAUAACUCGUGGUCUGUGUAGUAUAUUAUAAAUAAAACACAUGUAACUACCGCGGCGUUAAGUGUCGAUCCCCUAUUGGCAUAACGGUCCUAGGGUUGCAAUGACAAUAGGGCUACUGCUCAGUUUUUAGUUUCUCCCCCAUAGUCGCAAGGUCACAACAGAAAACUACUUUCAUCUUACAUGCACGAUACUCUUGUAUUUGAUACGUCAUAUCUGAAGACAUCUGAUAUUAUGCAGUUAGAAAACACAUAAGUCGCCUCCUUGGACAUGGCUAUACAAUUGGCCUGUUGGUAUUUCACAAUAUACAAUAUGUAUAAUAUUAUUUGAAAUGUAUGUAUUGGCAAAACUCCAGGUGAGCUUAGCAGAGUUUCUUCAUGACAUCAUUUGGGUAAUACACACGCUCACUUGAAUAUGAUACACAUACGUGUACUUCUUGAAACUGUCAUUAGAUAUAGGCACUGUAUUCUUUUACCUCGCCAAGCUAAUGUCUCAGAAAAGCGAUGACUAAACAUACUAUAGUUCAAUUUUAUUAGUUCAGAGUGCACCUGUUCAUCCGUGAAAUGGAUAUUUUUUGUAACAGCUGUGUAUGAUAUACCGGUGUUAUAACUGACUACUUUAAAUCGCACCAAUUGUAGUGACAUUUAAAUCACGGUGAUCAUCUCAGCACCUCAAAGUUAACAAUUUAACAGAUUGGAUUUUAUUGAUAUCGAGACGUUUAUACUCCCCAAGUUGAUGUAAAACCCAUUUAGAGAAAUGGUUACGAAUUAUGUUUGUUCACUGACCUUUAAUGUAUAUUUGCAUAUUAAUCCCCCCAUUCCAUCCAAAACAUUUGCCAAAAGUGCGUGUAUGUUGGCAGAUAUCUUGAUUCAGAGUGUGUUAGUAAAUAAAACGUUAACAUACUCCGAUAUAUUUAAUGUUGAAAAUAAAUAACUGAUUUUUUAAUUGAACUAGGUAAAAUUGUUAGGUGUGCAUUUCAUGAUAAUCCAUAUUUAAUUGUGGCAAUUUACAAAGCUCUUGAAAAUAUCGUCUUUAAACUGUUGUAGAUCCGUUAUUAAAACGGCAUAAAUAUACCUUACUGUAAUUAUAAAUUCAACAGCAGGGACAUAGAAGUUAUAAACAAUUCAUUGUAAAACGAUAUAUCCUAAACGAAUGCAAAAAAUGAGAUGUGUCGCGAUAUUGAUUAGGCUUUAUAUCAAAGUAUUUAAUUUAGUUUGUAAAUUGGUAUUUAGCUGAGCUUAAGAUACAAUAUUGCAUAACAAAAUAAGUGAAAAUUCUUUGUUUAGAUUGAAAAUGAAUGCUUUUUUUUCGUACGUGAUCGGUUUUUACAACCUUGGCGUAUUACUUAAAAGUACAGGUCAGUUAAGUUAUUUAGUUUAACGACGCACUUUGAUAGAAUCUAAACACUGACCGGUCAAGUGGAGCCCAUUACAGGUAUAGGAUUAAGCCGCUUAUAGGACGAGUGGCCCUGUUUCCUUACUCAAGUUUCGAUAACGAAUCGUGUGAUAGGAAAGUAAAGCCUUUCUAAAUUUGAGCAUUUACAAUUUACAUUUCCCACGAUUGUUUGCUGGGUUAUGUUACUUAGUGAUACGUACGCUUUGUCUGUCUGACUGAACAACAAAAAAGACAUGAUAUCCAUGGAAAUGACGCACACACGAUUCGGGGCGAUUUUUGUAGCAAGGUAAUGUUACUUUUUGUCAGAUAUGUAGCCUGUCAUAGUCAGAUUUGUUAGCAAUACUUAUCAAUAGGCCUCUUAUAGGAAUAUCUUCAUGCGUAACAUACAAUAUAAAAAUAACGUUAAAAAAACCUUCACGCUGUAUCAUACAUUCGAAAACAUUUUUUCUUGUCUUACAACUGACAUAUUGGAACCCUGUGGACUGAUGCCGACCAUAAAGUAAGACACUUACUUGUAAUAUUUAUAUUAGAACUGACCUUCUGUUCACUUAUGUUAAAGAAAUAAGAACGUUGAACAAACAUCACUUUUUCGAGUGUAACUGACCACAAUGCAAAAAAUUGACAGAUAACGAUUCUAAUUUAAAACAAUUCCCCAUCUCGCAUUGAACUAUGCAUGUAACCUAUACCUCAUUAAUCCCAGUGUUGUUGUAACCCAAUAAAACAAUGCAUUUCUUAGAGAAGUUAACAAAUACACCCAGUAACAAUAUAAAUUAUCAUUGACAGAUUAACGUAAACUUAACAAACCGGAAGUACAGGAAAUGAAGUGUCUGUAUACCGGAAGUACUACAGCAGAUAAGUCAUCACAUGAUGAAUGGUUGUCGUUUACAUGGACAAAACAGAAGGGUUUUUUUACUUCAGAGAAGGCACUUUGGCGAUUUCUGUGAUGCAAAAAUUAUAACCAAAAUGAUAUGUAAACUUUAUUCAUUGGAAUUACUGAAGUAUUGAACGGUCUCAGUACUGUAUGACAGAGUUAUGCAAGAAAACGUCGUAUUGAACAAUAUGCCAGUUUGCUUUCAAAACUCUGUCAUCAUAAUCAUAAAUGCCAUAACAAGACAGCAAGAGGCUUAUUUUCAAAUUCCGAAUUAAUGUUGCUGUAACAUAUCGAUUAUGACAUGAAGUUCAUCCCCUAUAUGAUUGGUACUAUAUCAAAAGUUUGUAUUUUGGUUUGUGUUUAAAGUGCUAACAUAACAAAACACAUAUUGAGUGCUGCAUCCUUGUGCUCAUUUUCGUAGCUUAUGCUCUUCCGAAAGAGUAAAGCCGUGAAGGAAUCUCCUUUUGGUGCAUAUGUGUUAAUGACUCAUUUAGAACUAAUGUAUUGCUUUAUAUACAACAGCUGAUAUUAUGUUAUAGUUUUAUGUAUGGUAUACACGUCGUAACAACCUGUUUUCUUGAUGAAUACCAUAUGUACCUGAAGGUCGGAAUAUACUGAAGGCGUGAUCAUCUUCCGUGUGCGGUAAGAGUGGUACAUAGGCAUAGGAACACUUGAGUGUAUAAGAGAUUGACUUAGAGACCGAUACCUUUGGUAAAUGUUAUCAGCUCUGAAUUCUCUCAACCACUACUUACAUAACUGACAUAUUUUUCCUGGAAUCUUUAUUUUUCGUAUCUAUUAAUAUUGAAAUAAUAUGGUAUAUUAACCAUUUAUUUCCGGCUUCUUGAAACUGCUAGUAAAGAUCCUUGGUUGCCCAACCUUUCGUUUAGUGUAUUGCGGUCACGGUUACCUACAAGGUCGGGGAUGACUGGCGGAUAACUCAUCUUAUAACAGAUUAAGAUAUACCAAUAUCAGAAAGAAACAAAUGUUCUAGAGAUAAUAUUUACAAUUUUUAUACACCUUGAACGUACAGAACGAAAUUAUCUUCUUUUUUAAUCUUUUUAUUGUACAUGUUAAAGACAAAGGAACAGCAUUAUAAACAAUUUACACAAGAGAAAAUGAAAUGCUUUGCUGACAACUCGAUGGACAUUGCCCAUAAAAUUCUUCAUAUAUCUGCAUUUGGAGUGCUACAACAUAAUUUUACUCAAGUAAAUAGGAUUGUUUCUAUAUACAAGUAGUUAUGCUUUAUCAUAAUUAUAUGCAAUUAUCUGAAUCCUCGUACAACAUCAGGCUAAUUUAAGUUAUCUUACAUAUGUUUAAAGAUUAGCUUGGUUACUGUACUUUGUGUAGCUUGGGACUGAACAUUGUCUCAAUUAUGUCUACCUGCUGCACGUGAUUUAGAUAUAUGUUUUAUGUGUUAUUUAAGAUCUGAAUAAACACUGUAUGUACUCUAAGAAAUAGUGUGAUUCUACUACAGAAGACGGUUGAUUGAUUCGAUUUUUAAAUGGAUUUGUGAUCUAACCUUUACUUUACUCUCACCUGUGUGAGUCUACAUUCUGUCUCGUGUGAAUGAUGUCUUCCGUAUGAGUCUGUAUGCUGUCUGUGUCAUCGUAAGAUAAACGUGGUCUUGUCUGUUAUUUACUGGAUGGAAAUCCAGGAGUGAAGAAUUACAUGCAGUUACAAACUUUCGUCCUGACGUUUUACCGCCUAAGUUAUCGCACAGAAGCAUUCUGGUUACGAAAGAAAACACUAAAAGAGAUGGUUUUUCAGAUGGUCACAUAUCGAGUUGGAGGAGAUACCAGUUCUCGGUUUAAUAAAAUUUCAGAAGAGUAAAGAAAUCAAAAUAUCUGCGUAUCAUUUAUACCUAAGAUCUCAGUAAUGUCCUAGACAUCGUUUUCUCUUUGUUUAGUUGUAUUCUUUAUGUAUUUCUGUACAAUACUGUUGUUGGUAUAAAAUCUUUGUAUUUAUUUUCAUAUCUGCCAUGUUGAUUGCUAUGCGAUUUGAUAAUGCACUUCAAGUGCCACCAUAUCAUGAAAAUGGCAAUUAAUUCGUAUGAUUUUACAUAGAGACUGAAGGUCAAGGACACGGUUGAACUGAUUUCCAUUUAAUGAGUUCAGGUUAUGUCAAUGACCAUCUCACUUGGUGAAAAUCUUCAAUCAAUUUAUUGUUUGAUUUAUGUCUUCUGCAGAACAUGCAUAACGUGACCGAGAUUGUCCGAAAAAGGUGUGAAUGAAGUCAAUUACAGCAAUGGAAUUGUCCAGAUUUGAUUUUGCGAGAUAACCCUAAUGGUUAUAGUUAUGAAAUUGCAUGACUUAAUAUUAUACAGGAUAUAUCGGAUGUAGUAUCACUUUGCCGUUUACUUGCCAGCAAUGUUUGCUGAGUGGGAUUUCGUUUCAUUUGAAUUUUUUUAUUACGGAAUUCAAUUUAUCGCAAAAACGAUAAUCGUCUCCAAGUAUUCACAAUAAUAUCACAAAAGUAGUUCGUUAUAAGACAGAAUUCCAACUCGGCAGUACCUUUGUUUUCCACCGCCGUGACUAUCGAGUGACAUAGUUUGAUUUAUGUUAAAUCACACAUAUGUCAUAUGCUAUAUAUGAUAUUGACGUAUCAAAUGGCAGAACUGGCCAGUUAUGUGAUAAUUUGCGCAGAUCUACCCGUUUUGUUAUAAUGUCAAGAAGAAACCCAUUAGUAGGUAGGCACUUGCAGCUGUUAAUCAUUUAUUUUGUUAUUUGUUAGUAAACAUAUACUGUUAUCAUAUCCUAUACGUUGUCAUGUAAAGUCGCCAUAUUGUUUUGUAACAAACGAACCUUGUUUAUGUGUAAGACUAAUUCCUUUGUGAAAUUGUUGUAUGGUUCAGAAUAUUUUGCGGCAAAUCAGUUAUCUUUUGUAGUUUCCUGGAAUAUUUGUAGCUUUGUUUUUCUUAAAAUGUUGAAUACUGUCCCUGGUAUUAGAUGUACACCUCUUUAUUGUUUUUAUUAUUUACUUUUUUUCUCUUUUUCAUUAUUAUCCUAUUCUGUACAUUUACACUGAUAACGUACUGUUUUUAUACUGUCAGAGUUCUAUACAUACUGAAUUGUUUACUGUGAUAAACCGUUUCCCCCGAUGUCACAUUGUGUAUAAAGUGUUCUGUAAAAAGUCGAUAUUAUAUUAUUUUGUUACGUGAAUAUGGAGAAGCAUGCCAUGUUACCCUGUUGAAUUUAGCUUGGAUUUUCCAAAAUCGUAGUGCAAUGUUUGUAAAUCAGCAGUCAAAUUAUAGAUCAGAGCUUAGCGCUGUAUUCAACAUUAGACUGUUGGGUUCAAGGUCAAAUCAUACAUCUUGAAAAAAAAAAUUUGUACGACUCUAGUGAAAGUAAGAACGCUUAUUUGUCGUUUGAAGAAAGCGGUUUUGUAUGAGUCACAUGAAUUGGACACAUUGAUAUACGCAGGCGCUGGUGCAAGUCUAGGGUAACGGUAUUGUUCCUCUGUAAUACCCUGUUACACAAGCUGCAAUGCAAAAUAUGUAAUGAGUCUGUAUGCUGUGUUUGCUAUGUAUUGAUGAGAGUGAGUAUUGAAAAGAAAAUUUAUUUUUAAAAGCGUUAUAUUGAUGAGUAAUAAAGUUAGUUGAAAUAUGCAA